GUCGGAUAAGGAUAUGCUGGACAUCCUCAAGCUCCAUGUGAGGGAGGACUACAUCCGCGACACCGAGAGCAGCACGAGCGAAGAGGAAGACGACAACUUUACAUCUGACGAGGAACUAUCGACAGAAAGUUCUAGUUUUUAAGGCUUCUAGACGGGUGUGCCUACUCUAGGAACAGCACCAUCAGGGAUACCUCUGUAGGAACAGCACCAUCAGGGAUACAUACAUACAGACAUACAUACAUACAUACAUACAUACAUACAUACAUACAUACAUACAUACAUACAUACAUACAUACAAGGCUUCUAGUAGGCACUCACUUCUUGCUGGCCCUGGUGUGAGGUAUUCUUGAUUGAUGGGCUCCCAUUAGAUCCUGACUGGGUUGUUCCCAUUAGAUCCUGACUGUGUUGUUCCCAUUAGAUCUUGACUGGGUUGUUCCCUUUAGAACUGACUCAAGGGAUCUUUCAGGGAAGGAACAAAUGGAAUCCAUUCAAAGUAGAGGCACCAUAGUACUUAUGCUAGUUAGUGUCUAGUACUAGCGCUAAUCUAGUGAUGAUUUCGGAGCUGCUGAUGAUUACAAGGCCGAAGAAAGGCGAGAAGAAGGAGGUGGGACAAGUGCUGUUGAUGGUGGCAACAUCGCUGAGCAGACGCUUAGAAAGAAGCGGCGGCGAAAGCGGGGGUUGCAGGGACGAACCCAACACGCAACUUAUAC